CACCUGAAGGAAUUUCCACCUUUUAUGUUCUGUACCUAACACAUGCUUCAUUCCUUUUCCUUAUCAAUAGAGUCAUAGAACUGCACAGCGUGGAAACAGACCCUUUGGUCCAAAUGGUACAGGGUGGCCAGAAUCCUAAAUUCAGACUCCAAUUUUUUUUCCUUUUUGUGUUCUUUUUCUGUAUGGCUUUCUGUUACUUGUUAGAGUGGUAGCUGGUAGUUGAGAUUCUACAUUUGACAUUUACACCAUUUCUAGAUGCAACUUUUUCUUUAUUGACUGGAUCCAAUUUUGAUCUUUUGCACUGUACAUUUUGCCUUGCAUCAUUCCUUUUGCGAUUUCUUCUCUCCUUCCUUCAAUGCUAUUAUAGAUCUUCCUUCGUUGUGCUUCCCCUUUUCUGCAUUUGUAUUUGCUUAAAAUCUCUUCCAUCUUGAAUCUUUUCCAGAUCUGAUGCCAUGCCUUUGGCCUGAAGGAUUAACUCUGUUUCUGGGGUGACAGACGCUGAUAAUCCUGUUGUAUAUUUCCAGCUUUUAUAAAUGGUUUCUUGGUGUGUUCCAAUCAAUUCUGUAGAUAUAAUAGUCAUUUUAUUUUUUAAAAAAUAUUUUCCCCCAUGUUACUGGUUGUUAACAUUCACUGGAGCUUUGCAAAAAUAUUCAAACUGUCACAUAAUUUUAUCUUACUUAGGUUGUGCUGGUGUCAAGUAGGAAAAUAUCAAGCUGAGAAUGCUUUUCAGACUGAAGGAAAACUGUACCUUAUCUUGGACUUCCUCAGAGGAGGUGAUCUUUUCACUCGACUGUCUAAAGAGGUGAUGUUCACAGAAGAGGAUGUUAAGAUAUAUUUGGCAGAGUUGGCUUUAGCCUUGGACCAUCUUCACGGUUUUGGAAUCAUUUAUAGAGACCUGAAACCAGAAAAUAUUCUGCUGGAUGAAGAAGGGCACAUUAAAUUAACUGACUUUGGAUUGAGCAAGGAAGCUGUUGACCAUGAGAAGAAAGCCUAUUCAUUUUGUGGAACUGUUGAGUAUAUGGCUCCUGAGGUGGUUAAUCGACGUGGCCAUACACACAGUGCUGAUUGGUGGUCCUAUGGUGUCUUAAUGUUUGAGAUGUUGACUGGUUCCCUGCCAUUCCAAGGGAAGGAUAGGAAAGAGACGAUGACUCUCAUUCUAAAGGCUAAAUUGGGAAUGCCUCAAUUCUUGAGUCCUGAAGCCCAAAGUUUGCUGCGAGCACUUUUCAAGAGAAAUCCUGCCAACAGACUAGGAGCUGGUGUGGAUGGUGUAGAGGAAAUCAAGCGCCAACCAUUCUUCACAAACAUAGAUUGGAAUAAACUCUACCGAAGGGAACUGAAGCCACCAUUCAAGCCAGCUGUGGCUAGGCCAGAUGAUACGUUUUAUUUUGACCCUGAGUUUACAGAGCGAACACCUAAAGAUUCUCCUGGUGUUCCUCCAAGUGCCAGUGCUCACAAGUUAUUCCGAGGAUUCAGUUUUGUGGCAACAGGUAUUGAAGAGGAAGAGGUUAAGGAUGAACAUUCCAAAUUAGUCAUUCACCCCGUCUUGCAGCAGCUCCAUGGGAACAAUAUGAACUUUACCGAUGGUUAUGAGCUGAAGGAGGAUAUUGGUGUAGGCUCAUAUUCUGUCUGUAAACGCUGCAUUCACAAGACUACAAACAUGGAGUACGCUGUCAAGAUUAUUGAGAAGAGCAAGAGAGAUCCCUCUGAAGAGGUUGAAAUCCUGUUGCGGUAUGGGCAGCAUCCAAACAUCAUUACGUUGAAAGAUGUCUACAAUGAUAGUAAAUAUAUCUACCUGGUGACAGAGCUAAUGAGAGGUGGUGAAUUACUGGAUAAAAUACUGCAGCAGAAGGGUUUCUCUGAGAGGGAGGCAAGUGCCCUUCUUCAUACAAUUACCAAAACAGUCGAAUAUCUACACUCUCAAGGGGUGGUUCACAGAGAUCUGAAACCAAGCAACAUCUUGUAUGUAGAUGAAUCAAGUAACCCUGAGUCUAUUCGAAUCUGUGACUUUGGUUUUGCUAAGCAGCUGAGGGCUGACAAUGGACUCCUAAUGACUCCCUGCUAUACAGCCAACUUUGUUGCUCCAGAGGUUCUCAAACGCCAAGGAUAUGAUGAAGGCUGUGAUAUCUGGAGUCUGGGUGUUUUACUUUACACCAUGUUGGCUGGAUACACCCCUUUUGCUAAUGGUCCCGAUGAUACGCCAAGUGAGAUUCUGGCUAGGAUUGGGAGCGGACACUACAAUCUCCAGGGUGGAAACUGGGACAAAGCCUCUUCUGCUGCAAAGGACCUUGUCUCCAAGAUGUUGCAUGUUGAUCCACACCGACGUCUAACAGCAAAGCAAGUCUUGAAACAUCAGUGGAUUGUAAACCGAGAUCAGCUUCCACAAAGCCAGUUGACCCGCCAGGAUGUCCAUCUUAUUAAGGGAGCAAUGGCUGCCACCUUCUCAGCCUUGAACAGCUCCCCGCCAGCACCAAAACUGGAGUCUGUGAAGGCAUCAACUUUAGCUCAACGCAGAGAACUUAAAAAGCUGCCAUCCACCUCACUGUAACUCAGCAUUAUUUGCAGCUUAUCACGGGUAGUGCAAGAUCCAGGGAAGCCCAAGUUAUGUGCACAGUCAGAGAGACUGUUCUUCCCUCAAGAUGUGGCAAUUCAGAGGAGCGUUAUUUCACUAUUGAAUCUUUGGGAUAAUAUUGCAGUACUUGAGAGAUAAAAAUAAGGAAAACAAACUAAGGGGGAUCUGCUUUUUACCAUGUGAAAUAGCUUUUACCUUACAAUUCUGGAGUAGUAACUUAACUGCCAGACUUGGUUUCUGUGCAGAGUAUCUUACAGCAACCAAACAACUCUGAAUUCUGUUUAAGAGUAUUUCCUAUUCCUUUAAAAUUAACUUUUCAAAAGAACAAUACUUUCUUUUUGAACUGUGGUUGUGAGCAUAGUCUAAGUACAAAUCAUCUCUGAGUCAUGAGGAACAUAAUAUUGGGAAAUUACAGAACUAAUCAGAUAAUAGCCAGGCUGAGAUUAGGCUGUAACAUUCUCAAAAAAUUUGAAAAUUCAAAACAUCUGAUUGUGUGUCAAAGCUCGCUGUUGUUCAUGCUAUUCUUCUUAUUUCAUACUACCUUUCCCUCCCACGCAUUUAGAUUUAUUAAAUCGUAGUUCAUGUUUUUUGCAGUAAUGCACCAUAAAGAUUUCAGUCGGAUGUUGAGUAAAUCACUGUUCAAAGAUGUGCUUAAUGAUGCUUGAAUUCCUUGCCCCAUGGUCUUAGUGAUCAUGGCAUAAAUGCAAUUAUAAAUGAACAAAUGCCUUGUAAUAAUGCAGUUUACAGUACCCAACAACAGAUCAAAUCAUAUCAUUACAUGUGCAUACAAUCAUUAUGCUUAAAACCAAACCACCCAUCUCUGUCUAACAGACUUAAAUAUGCUCCCUGCCAACAGAUCACGUGACUGUCAGGGAUUGAUUCUAUUCACAUGGAAAUAUAGUAACAUAUUUAUUCAUUUAACAUUUAGCUAAUUGUCCCAUGGCCAUUAUUUGAUAUCUGCUUUCUGGACUAUUGCAUAUAAUUGUGUCAGGACCUAGAAGGAUUGUAUCUUUGGGAGUGCUUAUGUAUCCAACUGCUGUCAGUACAUGCAAGUGGCUGCAUGUGCAGAAAAUGUAAAACUCUGGAAGUCUUGGGAUUUAAACUGGGUGGCACAAUGGCUCAGUGGUUAGCACUGCUGCCUCACAGCACCAGGGACCUGGGUUCAAUUUCAUCCUUUGGUCUGAUUGGAAUUUGCGUAUUCUCCCUUGUCUGCGUGGGUUUCCUCUGGGUGCUCCAGUUUCCUGCCACAGUCCAAAGAUGUGUGGUUUAGGUCGAUUGACCAUGCUUAAAAGGAAAAUUGCCUAUAAUGUUCAGGGUGUGCAGGCUGGAUGGAUCAGCUGUGAGAAGUACAGGGUUACAGGAAUAGGCUAGAGGGUUGGGAUGCUCUUCAGAGGGUCGGUGUGGCUCGAUGGGCUGAAUGGCCUGCUUCCACACUGUUAGGGAUUCUAUGAUAUGAAUCGUCUGAAAUGAGAGCAUUGUAAAUGCAACAAUGCUUGUUUAAAAGAGCAACGAUCUUAGCAAGUCACAAAAAUGCCAAAUUUAAUUGAAGAACUUUCAUUGUGACUGAACUGAUAUGCAAGAACCUUCAGCAGCAGCAGAACUGUAUUCCUCUACAUCUCUCACCUUGCCAUUACCAUUAACACAUUUGGCUAGUGAGGAUAGGACAAAAGAGACUCAUCGCCAUACAUAUUUAAAUUCGAGGUAUCAAGUUAGUAUAGCAAUAAUACAGGGCUUCAAACAAAGUAAACAAUGGGUAAGCAUCCUAUUGAUAGAGUUGAGUGUUCCCAGAAACAAUGGAUCAGAUCAAGGUUCUACAGUCCUAUCAUGUCAAAUUGUAAAUAUUAGUAGCUAUUGACAUAGAAGCUACUCCAUGAAUGAUCUCAACCUGGACAAUAGUAAAGACCAGCAGGCCAAAGCAAAAGGCUGCUGAUGCAUCUUGAAGUGAAUGUGUUGAUUGGACGUUCCCUCUCAAUUUCCCACUCAGGUAUCCAUCAUUGAAGAUGCCAUUUUUAGUCAAUUAAGUUCAAUCUACACAAUAUUAAAUGGAUGAGUGCUGUGAGUACAACACAGAUCAUGGUCCUGACAACAUCCACCUUCAAGACUGAAGACUUUAUGCUUGGCUGUAGACAAUCUGUUUUAAUACAGUUACAGCACCAGACCUAACUAUGCAGAAGAUCGCCUGGGAAUAUCCUGUUCACAAAAUAAAGAACAAAUAACAAUUCAACCAGUUACAAUCCCAGCAGUUUAUUUUCAAUUAUCAGCAAAGUAAUUGAAGAUAUUGUUGAUAUAGCUGUUUGGUGUCACUUACUCACCAAUGACCCGCUCACCAAUGUUUAUUUUGGGUUCCAUUAGAUCUACUCUGCUUAAAAUUGUAUUCAAGCCUCAAUCCAAACAUGGGCAAAAGAGCUGAAUUCCAGGAGUGACUUGUAUCCAUCCUUGAAUACAAUGCAGCAUUUGACUGUGUUGCAUCAAGGAACCUAAGUAAAAUUGAAGUAAAUGUGAAGCAGGGAACUAUCUCCCCUGGCUGGAAUCAUGUCUUGCACAAAGAAUGGUCAUUGUAAUUGCUGGAAGCAAAUCAUCUUAAGCAAAAGAAAAUUAUUGCUGUAGUUCCUCAAGGCAGUGUCCAAUGUUCAACCAUCUUCAGUGGGUCUAUUAAUGAUCUUCAGUUCAACAUAAGGACAGAAUUUCACUGAUGAUUCCACGGUGUUUAGACCCAUUUAUAACUUCUUAGAUAAUGAAGCAGCAUGUGCCCACAUGCAGCAAGGUCUGGAAACUUUAAAGCUGAGCUAAUAAGCGGCAAACAACAUUGCGCGGUACAAGUAGCAGGCAGUGACUGUCUCCAGCAAGAGAGAAUCUAACCACCUUACAAUUUAAUGUCAUUACAUUCAUUGCCAUCUCUGGAUACCCCCACCAUCUGGGGGCUUUGAUUUACCAGUACUGUAACUGGGCCAAUUGUCAGUGGCUCCAACAACCACUGGCAGCUGGGAUUUCUGCUACUGCUUCAUUGCCAUCCACCCAUCUUCAGAAAUAUUCAUUCUCUCCAUCAUUGGAUGUACCAUGACAACAACAUAUCAUCUACAAGUUGCAUUGCAGCAACUCACCAAGGCUUUUUUAACAUCACUUUACAAAUCUUCAAAGUAGCAGGAAAACCAAGGAGACACAUGUGAACAUCACCAAAUGCAAGUCCCCCAUCUGCCUCCCAAAGAAUCACAUCAUUCUGACUUGGAAAUUUGUCACCAUUCCUUCACUGACACGUGAUCAGUCAAUUGUGGAACUCCCUCUCCAGCAAAACUAUGGGGAGCCAUGGAAGGUACUUAAAACACAAAGACUACAGUGACUUAAGAAAAUGGGUCAACAUCACCUUCUCAAAAACCAAAACUUCAGGAAUGUCUAAACCAACAUCUGCAUUGCCAACAAUUUCAAAUUAAAUGGUUGAUAUUAUUUUACAACGUAGGAUAAUUGCUUGCAAAUGUAAUCAACCUGUAACAUUGAUGGAUGAUAGAAACUGAAAACUCAGCACCAGGUUUUAGUCUGGUGUCCAUGUGGGAAUAGCUACACUUAAUUUUUUCCUAAGAAAUCUGAAGCUUUGCUAUGCGUUGCUAUCCCUGCACAAUUUUAUCUGGCAUUUUUCUGGGUCAGGAGAUUGCCUAGAGAUUGCUGACCAUCCCUCCACUCCCCACCGCGCCAACCCACCUCCCACAAGGUGGUAAAUCAGGAACAAGUAUUAGAUUUUGCCCCACACACCAUUUUCAUCUGGUGAUGUAGCACUUUAGCAAAUCACUGAAAGCAUUCCAGGUUUGAGAGUUGUAAAUAAAGUAAAAAGUUUCGUGAGAAGUCUUGGUUUCACACCCCAAGUGCUAGUGUAACGCAGAUGUGUUUCCAUGCAGUUAUUCAUCAGUAAGAAAUAUCUUUUAAAAGUAAAUUGAUCAAUUAUAUAUUUACUCACAUGCAUUAUAUACUUUACCAAUGAAGAAAGCACAGUAAUGCUGUGAAAAACAUAAUUGGAUGUCCUGUCAACCUGUGUUAUCAGAUGUUCUAUUAUGCUUUGACAGUUGACAAAAAGAUCGAACUACCUGCUCCCUUACAUUGAUUGACAGACACAUUGCAUUAGAAUUGAAGUGAACAAAUUGUUUUCUUCCCAAUGAGGAGCUAUUGUUUGAACAGCAUGCAAUUAUCAAUGCAAUGUUCCGGCUCAAGUACUAAUGAAUUUUAGCAUAGAUGUUCCAUUCUUCUGAGAAUAAAUGAUUGCUUCAAGAGUCACAACUUUUGAUAUGAUUUCUACUGUUUUGACACGUGAACAGGAUUGCAAUAAUUACAAGGUUUUGAUUUCAUAUCGCGGAAUGCAGUUUGUUUCCCAAAUGUCAAUGAUAUGGGGAUUUUAAUAUAUGGUGAGGGGUUUUUUCUUCCCUAAAGACUGCAUUCAAUUCAUUCCAUUCAAUGUCAAUAGAAAGUAAGGACUGUAAAUUGUACAUAUGAGGUGAUUGAGUAUUGAGAGUGGCUGAGUUAGCAUGAUAGGUAAGAGGUGACAUGUGCUGGCAUGAGAGUUGGGUGAGGGAGUUGAAGGAUGAGAUUUAGGGGGCCUUUAAACAUUAUUAGAAGCUGGGAUGCUAUGUUGGAGAGAUGAAGCAGGCAUUAUAACUGCCCACAUCCACAGCCACAGUCCUGUCACACUCCAGUGUGACUCGUGAACAGUACUGUUAACCUAACACCUGUGAAAGACAGAAAUGAUGUUUGAAGUCACACAUGGAUCAGUCAUGCAGCUUGUAAGAUGUAAAAGUGCACAGAUUGGAAUUUCUCAAGACAAGAGGAAGAUUCAACCUUUAGUUAUAGGAGAUUAGUAUUUGAGUAUGCCUAGUUGUUAUUGCUUUCACUCAGCCCAAGAUAGGGUAUACAAUUUAAAAUCUGCACGACUGUAAAUAUUUAUAAUUAUAGCCAAAAAUAUAUUAGAUCACAAUAUUCUGUAUAAAUCAACCUACAUUUGACAAUGUGCUCAAUGAAAUAAUAAACAUGUAUUGACACCAACCACUGCUCCACCAAUACAAAUACGUAUCAUUGAGUAGCAUUGUUUCAGAAAAUUGACUUAGAAACUCAAUAAAUAAUUUACAAUUCAAAUUCUAUUAAUAAACACUUCUGAAGUGAUUAAUAUUUGGCUAGUUUUUGGAAUUGUCUGUUAAUGUUAAUGGACAGAGCAAGCUGAUUGUAAAAUCACAUACAUAAGGGAAGAAUAUCUUCUGUCUAGCUAGUUUAAACAAUCUCUUCUUGUUGACUCAUGCCCAAGUGGCUCUGUGUGCUGUUGUGACAUGUGUAUCCCAUCACAUUAUACAUUGGCCAUUAAAGCUGCUUUGCCAAAGAGAUAGUCUUCUCACCUUAGACUCCAAUGCUGCCUUAGAGCCAUUAUCAUUUUGAGGAUGACCAUAAAUUUUGUCCCCACUUCUGUUUACUACUGCAAUGUACUGUUACAAAUGAACUAUGUAAGAAAGUGAGUACUGGAAAUAUAGAUGGUUGGCUUGAAAUUGUUUCCAAUGGAGAAAGGCAGAUGACCUCCAUGUUUUAAUGCUGGAAACCUCUGACAAGAUUAGGAUAUAUAUUAGUUUUAACUUGCAGUUGGACCUGCAGGGAGAAUACCAGAACAAUUAGUCUAAUUGUAGCCAAAAUGAAAGUGGUAUGCAUCUCCCAAAAUCAAAUAUGUCAUUGAGGAAUAAAUUUGGAGCUUCUAGCUGUGGGCCGACAUAUUAGCUUACGUGACAAGGGUAGGGACAAAGAGGCAAUACAAUUAUGUGAGGCAGCAGGCCAGAUUUGAAUGCUUGAGUUGUAAGAUGGCUCACAAUAAACAACUCUUUGAAUGCAUGUUGUCUUAAUGUAUAGAUCUGCAUGCACUCCUAAUCAUGAAGUUAGCCUGUCUUAGUCAAAGACUUUUAUUCAAACAAAAUAACUUUCAAACGUAAGGUGUUAGCUGGUUUGAAUGAGAACGAGCUUGAAUUUUGGAGAUGCCAACAGAUGGUCUACUUCACAGUGCAAGCAGUUGAAUCAAACUUCAGGGUGGUCUUCCUAAAAUUCCCCAGUUGCAAAAUUAAUUGGUAUCAAAUUUAAUGAAAGAAUCUCCAGCCAUAAAAUUAGUAUUUUUGUUCCAAUACAAAAGCAUAAUGAACAGUAAACUUGCAAUGAACAGGAGGAAGGACUUUUUAUAUGGUUAUAAAUAUUUUGAUUAGUUUACCGGUUUACAGUGGCAACAAUAUUGAAAAUAAAAUUUGUUGCCCUAAUGAGACAAAGUACUAUUAAAGAUGAACAUUGAAAGACUGUGGUCAGUUUUUGACCUUCACUUUAAAUUGUUGACUACUCUGUUCCAAAAACCUCAAAUGCAAAGCAAUGCUUACCUCAUACAGAAUACAUUCUAUCAUAAUCUAGUCAUAUAGGAUCAAGUUGAAAACAUUCUUGUUCUGGUACUUACAUUGGGAAAAUUACACUGGACCUAAUCUUUCCUGCAUCUAAGGUUACAAGUACCUGCCAAGACUACAGGCAAUUGAUUGUGCGAAACUGUACAAGUUACUUCUUAGUUUAAUCGGAAAUGUUAUAUUGAGAUACACUUUACAAAAAAAAUUCCUUACUAUUGUGCUUGUUCCUCAAGUUGUUUAAUUUCUUACCCUUUUUGUAUUCUCUUAGAAAAGGUUCUGAUUCUGGACUCUACUUGGUGUUGCUCUGGUUAAUUAAUGCUGUUGGAUUUUCAAUUGCAUAAUUACUGUUUCCUGUACAAAUUAUUACUGUCCUCAUUAGUGAUCUUUUUUAAAAAAUAGUCACAAUUUGCUUUGCUUUGAUGAAUGAACAAUUUGCAAUGUCACAAUUUGUUUUAAUAAAGAUGUUAAUUAAAACUAUGUGAUUUAGGAAGUUUUCAUAGGAUGUAAUAUUUUCUGUCAUUUGAAAUGGUUCUUGACUUUGUAAUUUUUUUUCUUGGUCAUCUGGAUUUAUGAAUGUCUCUGCCACAUCUCUUGGAAGCCUGUAUUGCAAGAUUGUGAAUAAAUUCCUAGCAG